AUGUUCAUGCUUAGUGUGAGGCCAGUUUUACAGGGAAUUGAGGUGGAGGGAUACGCCAGAAAUGAGCAAGAAGAAGCGUUGAAGCAGCAAAGGGUCCCACCACACCAGCGCAACGGCACGGCAGGAGCCGAGCCGACUCAGGGUGAGCGAAAGAAUGAGGCCGAUUCUGGGCGAUCAGAAUGGCGUGGAAAGGGAGGCGGAGGCUAUCCCGGAAGGAACGGCCGGGACGGCGGUGGCUUCGACCGCGAUGGCGGAAAGGGUGCGGGGAAGUCCGAAUAUGGCGACCGCGCCGGUGAUUCGAAGAAAAGCACAGUCUUCUCUAUGCAGGGCGCAGGCGGCGACUGGUCGCAACGCUUCGGCAACAAACGCAACGAACAGCAGACCGAGCUGGAGGUCUUUGGUCCGCCGAAGACCCGGUCGACGAGCGGCAUCGAUUUUGACAAAUACGACGCCAUCCCGGUGCAGGUCUCAGGCGAGAACAGCACGGACGUGAAACCCAUCAUCCGGUUUUCAGAGGCGAAGCUGGUUGACUCGUUGUUCGACAACCUCCGGCGGUGCGGAUACGACCGCCCGACGCCUGUGCAGAAGUACUCCAUACCCAUUGUGCUUUCGGGACGUGACCUGAUGGCUUGCGCGCAGACCGGCUCAGGUAAGACCUGCGCGUUUAUGGUGCCCUGCUUGGAAUCCUUGCUCCGGUCGGGGCCGCCGCAGCAGAACAACAGGGGCCGGCAGAAGCCCGCGCCUUGCGGCCUCUGCUUAGCGCCGACACGCGAGUCAGGAGCUUGA